AGGGGUGUGCUCUCUCGCCUUAUCUCUAUGUGAUUUGUAUGCAAGUCUUGUCCAAACUCUUGGAUAAGGCUGCAUUACAAAGCCGCAUUGGUUAUCAUCCUUACUGCAAGGAUCUAACCCUACCCCAUUUAUGCUUCGCUGAUGAUGUUCUUGUGUUCUCGGAUGGGAGGAAGAGUUCUAUUGAAGGUAUUUUAGAGGUUUUCAAGGAGUUUGCAAAGAUGCCGGGUCUAUGUAUCAGUCUGGAGAAGUCUACACUCUUUCUAGCAGGUGUAAAGGAGGAUGUUAGCGCUGAGAUUCUGGAUCAGUUUUCCUUCGAAGCAGGUUCACUUCUGGUUCGAUAUCUUGGACUACCACUACUGUUAAAGAAGAUGUCUGUCACAGACUACGCGCCUUUGCUUUCGAGAAUCAGAAAUAAGAUCAACUCUUGGAUUGCAAGACACCUCUCCUUUGCGGGUCGACUACAAUUAAUUGGCUAUGUCUUCUAUAGUUUGACAAACUUCUGGAUGUCAGCCUUCAGACUACCUAAGCAGUGUAUUCAGGAAAUUAACAGUCUCUGCUCAGCUUUUCUCUGGUCGGGCCCGGUUUUAUCUACUCAAAAGGCUAAAAUAGCUUGGUCGGAUGUUUGUAAACCGAAGGAAGAAGGAUGAUUAGGAUUGAAGUCCUUGGAGGAAGUGAAUAGAGUAUCUGGUUUGAAGUUGAUAUGACGUAUUCUCUCUACCAGAACCUCUCUCUGGGUUCAAUGGAUUCACAGAUACCUGAUCAGGAAUGGUUCUUUUUGGAGUGUUAAGGAGGCAAGUUCUUUAGGCUCUUGGAUGUGGAAAAAGCUGUUACAGCUCCGACCUUUGGCUGUGCAGCUGACUAAAAUGGAAGUUAAUAAUGGAUCGAUGACUUUGUUCUGCUUUGAUCAGUGGUCUCAGCUGGGUAUUUUGAUCAAUCUCACAAGGGAAAGAGGUUGUAUUAGUCUCGGUAUUCCGAUAAAUGCAACGGUGGAGAGAGAUGUAAAUAUCUAUCGAAGGCGCAUGCAUAGAAGCUCUAUCUUAGUGCAAAUAGAGAAGGAGAUUCUGACCCUCAAAGAACAUGGUCUUGGACAACAGGAUGAUACCUGUCUUUGGAUGCGGGAAAAUGGUGAUUUCAGGCGGGUUUCAUGACCUCUCAAACAUGGAACCUAACAAGAACGCAUGCUUCUCGUGUUCCAUGGUUUAAAGGGAUCUGGUUCAAAGAGGCUACUCCAAAAUAUUCAUUUCUCAGUUGGCUAGCUGCUCAUAACAAACUGUCGGCGGGGGAUAGGCUGCUCCGGUGGAAUCCUCAAGCAAUAUCCACUUGUUGGCUAUGCAAUGCCGCAACUGAAACGAGAGACCACUUGUUCUUUGAGUGCCCUUAUUCUGAGGAAGUAUGGAGAGGCACGAUCAGGGGACUGGUAGGUACGGGAAUCUCUGCCCAAUGGCCUAUUCUGUUGAAUCGUUUGGUGGUAGGCUUACAAGACAACCUCACAACCUUCUAUUCCGCUACUGCUUCCAAGCAGCAGUGUACGUGAUUUGGUAUGAAAGAAACACCCGCAGAGUGGGUGAGACUCCUUAGUCUGCUGCUCGCAUGCUCAUCUUCUUGGAUAAGUAAAUCCGAAACAGAAUCUCUUCAUUGAGAAGGAAAGCUGGAAAAACCUAUGAAAAGGACACGGAGAUAUGGUUUGGGAGUAGAUAAUCUUUUUAUUUCCUUCUCUAUAAACAGUCUAUAUGUUUACUCUUUACACAAAGGUAGCAUUAGGUUGUACAAAGGUUUUUGAAGUGAAUAAAUUUGAAAUUCUUUCAAAAAAGAAAUUUUGCAUUAUAAGAUUUUACUACCUUGUUCUUAGAGAACCUUAUUAACAAGGGUCUCAAAGCUCACGUUUGAUGAACCAGAUGGAUACUCGGUCCAGCCGCUCCCACUUCCCUCCCUUCUCCUUCAACUUCUCACUACAGGAAAUGUGGAUAUUAAUAGCGUCGUAGCAUAGCGUUUUUUGCUUCUCUGCUAUUGUAUAUAAACACGGGCCUUUAUAAUAGCGUUUUUGAAAUGUAUAAGCUAUCUUUGUAGUCGCGGGAAAAUAAAAUAAUUCAGCCGCGUUAAUUUGGUAAGUGGAGGCGCCUUACCAUUGCAAAUCAAAAACUAAAUGCUAUCGUAUAUGAAAAAAUAUAUUAAAAAUAACUUAAGUAUUAAUCGAAACCGAGACUUCAUUCUCUUCACUUCACUCUCUUCACAUUCCUCAAAAUCAAAACCGACUCAUCGAAGUUCUUCAGAGUUCUCUCGAGUCGAAGCUUCAAUUGGUAUGAGUUUCGAUUUGAUUCUGAGUUUAGAAUAGAGACUGGUUCUCUCGAGUCGAAUCUCUUUGAUUUUGUGUUUCUCUUUGAUUCAAAUCUCUUUUCACAUGCAUGUCCGCAUUAACACAUGAUUCGAUUUUGAUUGUGGGUUUCGAUUAGGUUUCGAUUAGGUUUUAAAUAUGAUUGUGGGUUUCGAUUAGGUUUUGAAUAUGAUUGUGGGUUUCAGUUUGAUUUUGAAUAUGAUUGAAGGUUUCGAUUUGAUUUUGGGUUUAGAUUUUUUGAUCGAAUGGCUUGAUUUGAUUUUGGAUUUGUUUAUCAGUUUCAGAAAUGGCAAAGACAAGAGGACAAGUUGGUUCUCGUCGGAGUAGACGUAAUCAAGGCUUGGAGGUAGUAGAUCAAGAGGACAAGGCACCGCAACUAAAAGUGAAGAAAAGAACAGCAAAGAAAACGGCUUCCCCUAAAAAGAAUUUAGUUUUAACGCCAACGAGAAGAAGUAGUAGAAUCAAGAAAGUGGCUGCUGAAGAUGAUUACAUAGAAGAUGUAACACCAUCUGACGAUGAUGAGGUAGAAGAUGUUACACCUCCUAAGGAUGAUGAAGUACAAGAUGUAACACCUGCUCAGGAUGAUGAAGUAGAAGAUGUAACACCCGAAGAUAAGGAUGAUCAGGCUGAGAAGUCAAUGUCUGAAGAAGAUAAAGACGAUGAAGAGGAUGUCAAUGGGAAAGAGGAUGAAGAAGAUGGCGAUGUCAAUGGGAAAGAGAAUGAAGAAGAUGGAGAUCUCAAUGGGAAAGAGAAUGAAGAAGAACCGGCCAAUAUGGAAGAUGAUGGAGUUCUUAAUGAGAAAGGGAACGAAGAGGAAGCUUGCGAAGAAGAAGCUCGCGAUAUGGAAGAAGAUGGCACUGCGCAAGAUGAUGAGAUUCCUAGUACUGAAGGAGUUGAGCUAGCAGGGGAGGAAGUUCAAAAAAAAAAAAAAAGAGGACCUACAAAGUUGCGUAGAGUGGCUGAAAAUCCCAAUGAUAAGAUUAUGGUCACAUUCAAUGACAUUGGUGAGCAUGUUGGACCUGGUUCAGUAACACUAUCGUCGUUUCUUGGUCCUCUUGUGAGGGAACAUGUUCCGGUUACACUUGCCGAUUGGAGAAAACUUGAUGCAGCGACUAAAGCAACAAUGUGGGAAGAAAUUCAGGGGAGGUUUAACUUGCAAGAAGAGUGGCAGAAAGCUGUUAUUUUCAAGCAGCUGGGAAAUGUGUGGAGGGCUGGGAAGUCGAGGCUGGUGUCACAAGUACGUGUGGCGAAGACUGCAGCUGAGAGAAUAGCUUUAAAACCGAGCAACAUCCCAUCCCUUCAACUGUGGAACACUUGGGUUAAGAGUAAGACUACCAAAUCUUUCACAGAAACGAGUAACAAGUACAGAGCGAUGAGAAGAAAUCAGAUUCCUCACACCACCAGCCGCAAAGGAAUGCUUCGUUUAGCUGAUGAUAUGGUAAAAGAGUAGUCAAACAUCUACAUAUUGUACAUCAGCUUGUUAGAUUAAAAUGGUAGUGAGAUAUGUUUGUUUUCAUAUAGAAAAAAAAGAGUAAAGACCCAAGUAAGGUGAGUAGAUCCAAGGUUUGGAUUGCGGGACACACUCAUGCUGAUGGCAGACCUGUGAAGCCCCAGUUUGCUGAGACUAUUGUAAGCAUUAUGGAAGUUGUAUAUUGUGUAUAGUUAAUAGACUAUGGCAAUGAAUGAUUUUGUGUUUAAAUGAUUGUAUCAGGAACAAAUACAGUCACUUGACAGUCAGAUGGACUCCACAUCAGCUGCUGAUAACAUAAGGGAAGAUGCUGUGAGCAAGGUUUUGGGAAAAGACAAACCUGGACGAGUAAGGGGCUUUGGUAGAGGGAUUACAGCUAAUAAGCUAGCAUAUCUGCAAUUUAGAGACGCUAAGAUUGCAGAAAUGAAAAGUGAGAUUGAAGAGUUAAAGGGGAUGGUGCGAGAAUUAGCUGAGAAGAAGGUAAUCCUUUUCAUUACCUUUGGUCAAUUAGUUUUAAGACAUUUACGAUUUCCGUUGCCUUUUCUCAGAAAAGUAAUGUUGAUGCUGAAACAUCUGAGAGUAGUGGUGGAUUCAAAGAAGGAGUCAGAGUACAAAUACUGGAUUGGAUUGAAUCAGAGGAUGUUGUUGUUGGUGAAGGAGAAUUCUGCUCUGCUGAACCGAAGUACAAAAUUGGUCGUAUACCAAUUGGUCCUAAUGCAGUGGCUAUCGUAGUUAAGUAUGCACUAAGCGCAUCAGCUUCACUCUGGAGGCCUAAUACGGAUGUGUUAACUCUUGAUGAAGCUGUGGGAUACAAGAUAUCUUGGCCAAUGGAUAAAGUGAUUUUGGAUAAGGAUCCAAACUGUUCUGAAGAUUUAUCUAUGCAAAGCAAGGAAGGUGAAUAUCGAAGAUGCAAGAUAUAUGAUUGGACCAAUGAUGAGGACGAGGUCAUUGCUGAAGGUCUCGUGUGCUCUUCAAAAUCC